AUGACGGUGAAGAGGACCCCACAGGACCCCACAGGACCCCCCAGGACCCCACAGGACCCCAAGGACCCCAGGAGCCCCCAGGACCCCCAGGACCCCCAAGGACCCCCAGGAGCCCCCAGGAGCCCAGGACCCCCACAGACCCCCCAGGAGCCCCCAGGACCCCCACAGGACCACCAGGACCCCCAGGAGCCCCCAGGACCCCCACAGGGACCCCAGGAGCCCCCAGAGCCCCCAGACCCCCACAGGACCCCCAGGAGCCCCCAGGACCCACACAGUACCACCAGGACCCCCAGGAGCCCCCAGGACACCCAUAGACCCACAGGACCCCACAGGACCACCAAGGACCACCGAGGAGCCCCCAGGACCCCACAGAACGCCACAGGACUCCCAGGACCCCAAUAG